AUGUUGACAAAUAGGCAAGAUGAAAAGUUGCUGACGAAUCCGCGGGAGUUCCCAGAUGAACGAACGCCGAACUUCAUCCUCAAGGCAAAGAAUGGGCACUUUCACUUCUUGAUGACGGAGCCGGAUGUGUCCAAGAACUACCUGUGGUACAUGUCAGAGCCUAAGCUCGUCGCAGUUCCAGAGCUUGAGGCGGAGAUGCGGGUUCCAGGACGUCGCUGGUACGCGACAGACAAGGCUGGCUUUGAGCUGCAGAAGAGGAACAACGCCGUCGCGACUGAGGGUGAGCCGUAUGUCUGCCUGCACAACAUUAAGAGACCCGAGCUGUACUGGUUCGGUAAGCGUCACGCAGAACCGCCGGUGGAGAAGGUGGCAUUGGUGAUUUCCGUCGGGGAGCUUUACUUGAAGAGCGCUAUUCAUCGCAAGCGGCUGGUCCGUGCGCUGAUGGACAAUAUGCGUCGUGUUCUCAAGAACCCGCAGGUCUUCCGCAACGGUGACACGCUGAUUGAGGUGCGCAAGGAGGUGCCCACGAAGGAGCAGCUGAAGCUGCUUGCACUGCUGCCCGGUAUUGCCAAGAUUUACGAGGGCUCUCAGGAGAAGGGGGAACGUAAAGGUGACCCUCGCGGCGCGUUCAUCUGCGCUGGCGCGCAGGGCAUCCCCAUCACACCCAAUCAGCGCGUCCUCGCUCUUAUCAGUGGCGGUAUCGACAGCCCAGUGGCAGCGUAUCGGAUGAUGACGCGCGGCUGCCUCGUCAAUGGGGUUCACUUUCUCAACAGCACAAACGACACAGCUUCCGUCAUGGAGAAGAACCGACGCAUCUGCGAGCGUCUGUCAAGCGUGCAGGGCCGCUUUGACAUGCACUACGUGGACAUUAGCACGCUUCAGUCGCAGAUCGUGGCGAAUGUGCCCAACCACAACCGUACCUUAAUCUACAAGUGGUUCAUGCUGUCACUUGCAGCCGGAUUUGAUGACUCGAGCUUCAUUGUCACUGGGGACUCUGCUGGGCAGGUGGCAUCACAGACGGUACACAACAUCAGCACGCUGUACCCCACAAUUUGCAAGGCCGUUAUCGCCCCUCUGAUUGGUGUGACAAAGAACUUCAUCAUCGACGAGGCACGUAAGAUCAACACCUUUGACUUUUCCAUCCAGGAGGGCGCGGACUGCUGCCAGUACAUGAUGUGCAAAUCCGGUGCAAACCUGAUGAUGGGUCGCCGAACUCUCGAUGCGUGUGUACGCCGCAUCAAACUGACUGAGCUCAAGGUGAUGAAAGAGGUGUACCACGACGGGGAGCUGUGCGAGUCGUCCGAGUUCAUAUACUAUCCCCAGUCUGGCAUGCGCGCGUCGAACAAUACAUCAGUACCAUCCCCGCUGGUGCCGGAUGCUUCGAACGAGGACGAUGCGCACGACGUGGUGUACUUCGACGCCGCUGCCGGAACCAAGAUUGCAAAGGAGGUCACUAUGGCCAUGCUGCGGGCUCCUCACGGGAAUCCGAAUAGCAUGCACAUGAGCGGCCGAGAGGCUCGCAUGGCAGUGGAGAAGGUACGUAGUCAGCUCGCAAAGGUGAUGCAUGUGCCAGCGAACGACAUCAUUUUUACAUCAGGUGGGACGGAGUCGAACCACAUUGCGCUGAACGGCUACCACGUUGUGCGCGAGCCCUGGUCGCACGCCUCGACGACCGGGAAUUCGAAUAUUCCUGCCGGGACCACCGUGGUGAAGGUGGUGGAUCUUGUGAACCACGAGACGGGCAGCAUUAAUCGCAACCUGACUCGCCCCGAGGGCGGCCGCCUACACGUUGACGCAAGCCAAGGUCUGCUUAAGGUCGACUUUGGGUCACUUGACCUCAGCGAAGUCGAUUCCAUCACGGUCACGGCGCACAAGAUCAACGGGCCCGUAGGGGUCGGUGCGGUGUACCUGCGCGACCUGACCUGCAACAAGCUCUUCAGUGGCGGUUCGCAAGAGAAGGGCAUCCGUCCGGGGACGGAGAACGUUCCUGCGAUCGUUGGCUUCGGUGUGGCUCUAGGCCUCGACCGCAGCCACUCGAUUCAUAAGAAAAUUGAUGCUCUCAUGACGCAGGAGCUGGAGAAGAUGGGUUGUGAGGUCAACCGUCGCGGCGAGGUCAGCGGCUACAUUGUGCACGCCACUCUUCCUACGGGCUACAGCAACACAGAUGUGGUGUCACGUCUCUCCACCCAGUACCAUGUCGAGAUAGGCACCGGGUCUGCGUGCAAGACGAAUGAGGUGAACACCACCGUCUACGACACACUCGGGAAGACACCUGCACCCACACGCUCCAUUCGCAUCAGCUGGGACUCUUUUUCCACUUUGAGCGACGCGGAGCGUGUUUUGAGCGCUCUGAAGAAUGUUCUUGAGGAGAUCAAGCUGAAGAGGUAG